AUGGGUUCAAUACAAGGUAACCGCGCCCUCUGGCUCUCUUCCUACUCGGAGCCUCUCAAAGUCAUCGACCUCCCCAUCCCCGAGGCCCCCACGGGAACGGUCGUCGUACAGAUCCUCGCAACGCCCGUCGUCCCCUACACACACCUGGUCCACACCGGCAAGCUCCCGCAGAUGAACAUCGACCCGCCCUUCGUCCCGAACCCCAACGCCAUUGGCCGCGUCCAUAGCGUGGGCCCAGAUGCAACGGUCCUCAAGCCGGGCGAUCUCGUCUACGUCGACGCCACCACCCGCGCCCGCGACGACCCCGUCAACGCCAUGGUCAUGAUCGGCCACCUCGGCGGCGCCGGCGCUGCGGGCCAGAAGCUGAUGAAGGAGUGGCGCGACGGCGCGCUGCAGCAGUACCAAAAGGUGCCCCUCGAGAACGUCUACCCCCUGAACGAGCAGCGUCUCGUGGGCGAGCUGGGCUACGACCCCGCCGAGCUGAUGUCCAUCGCCUUCUACUGCGUGCCCGCCGGCUCGCUGCUGGAAGCCGCUGACAUCAAAGUCGCCGAGACCGUCAUCGUGGGGCCUUCGGGUGGCACCUUUGGCGGCCUGGCCGUCGAGGUCGCCCUCACCGUCGGCUGCAACGUUGUCGCCCUCGGCCGCAGCGAGAGCAAGCUCGCCGCGAUGCGCAAGAAGCUCAACAACCCGCGCCUCAAGACGGUGGCCAUGACGGGCGACGAGGAUGCCGACGCGGCGGCGAUCCUGGCGGCGACGCCCAACGGCGCCGGCGCGGAGGUGUACAACGACUGGACGCCCGGCGAGCUGAAGAACCCGCCGUACCUCAACGCCGCGUUGCGCGCCGUGAAGCGCGAGGGCCGGAUAGUCCUCAGCGGCGGUGCGAGCGAGACGUUGACGAUCCCGUACGCGGCUUUCGGCCUCAGGAACUUGAAGCUGCUGGGCAAGUGGAUGUGCGAGAGGCCGACGAUGGUGCAGCUGAUUAACAUGAUUGAGGGGGGCCAGUUGAGGAUCGGAAGGGAGAGCGGCAGCGAGAUCAAGGUCUUUACGCUGGACGAGCACCAUGAGGCAACGGAGUUUGCGAGGGACAAUGGCGCCUGGAGGAAUUACACGGCCAUUGCCCCGAAUCCGUGGUGA